CCCGGAAGAGAAGCUGUUGUCAUCACAAUGUUUUCAUUUAGGUUCAGUCCUCAGGGGAUCUGGAUGGUGAUCACACCCGGAGCGACAGAAGCGGCUGGACUACAACAUGUCUGACUUAUCCUCAACGGGAACAGAAGCAACACAGUCUCCUCUAAUAAACAGCAAACUGCUGUAACUGUCAGCGAGUGGAUACGUUAAAGUAGCGACGUGAAUUUGUAGUCAAAUAGGUAAAGCUACUUGUGGCUAGUUGAUUGUAGCAAUAGUGCAGGGUUAGUAUGUCCUGUCAGGUGGAAUCCUCGUCAUACACGUGUGGAUGUUUACACUGAGGUCACGGGUUAUUCCGUUUACUGAUGUUUUUAAGCAGUUUCGUAAAAAAAAAGGGAAGGCACAUGAGGACCAGUCACCUCCUGGACUCAGCUAACAGCCGCUCGGCAUCGGGACCAUGUCGGUCUUCGGAGUGAGGGCAGCUCUUCUCCACCUGAGGUUCACCUUCAGGAGAGCAGGCUCCUUCGCCAGAGUCCGACUCAUCCAGAGCUCCAGGACGUGUUUGGUCAAAAGAGGGCAGCUCCUGACCCAGAUACCCAAGGUGACACUGCUCUGCUGGGGUGCAGUGAACGCAUCAUCAUGUGCAGCCAGGUGCCAGGAAGCCGCUCUUCCCUCUCAGCCUGCGUACAGAAAGUCUGUAGCAAGGCUCCAGGUCCACAAAGUUAUAUUUUUCCUUCGCCUCAGCCUCCGUGCUUUGGUCCUGCUCCUCAAAUUUGGACCUCUUCUCCUCCUCUCCCCCUUGGCUCUUGUGUCCACUCGCUUGGCCUCUCAUUGGCUGGAUGCUCUGCUGUGGGUGACUGAGACCUCAGGUCCGACCUUCAUCAAGAUGGGGCAGUGGGCCAGCACCAGGCGAGACAUCUUCUCUCAGGAGUUUUGCGAACGCUUCUCCAGGCUCCACGUCAAGGUGCGUCCCCACUCCUGGGCCCACACCAAGCACUGUCUCCAGAGGGCCUUCGGGGAGGGCUGGAGCAGCUUCCUGGUGUUCGAGAGCAAAGAGCCAGUGGGCUCGGGAUGUGUAGCCCAGGUGUACAGAGGUUGGGCCAGGGCAGACAAGGUGGAGGACCCGGCCUUCCAGUCGCUGGUGGAGGAGUUGGAAAAGGAAGACUUGCUAGAGGCCUGGGAGAUCCCUGGUCUUAGAGGAGUGGCCAGCUCCCUGUGGCGGUUCUGGAGAGGGAGCAGGGAGGAGGAGAGCCAUGAGGAGAGAUGGUUCCCCGAUGGUAAGCACGAGGAGAGCUGGAGAGAGAAGGAGCAUCUGAUACCUGUGGCUAUCAAGGUGGUGCAUCCAGGGGUCAGGAGGCAGGUGGAGAUAGACCUUAUGCUGAUGAAAGCAGGCAGUUGGCUCCUGCUCUGUCUCCCCCGACUCAAAUGGCUCAGCCUGUACGAGAUCAUAGAGGAGUUUGAGAAGCUCAUGACCAAACAGAUCGACCUCCGCUGUGAAGCCAGGAACAUUGAGCUUUUCCGUGAAAAUUUCCGUGAUGUGGAUUAUGUGAAGUUCCCAACUCCCUUGCGGCCAUUUGUCACCAGGACCAUCUUAGUGGAAACUUUUGAAGAGAGUGAACCGAUUUCUAACUACCUGAGCGCCGAGAUCCCUCAGGAGCUGAAACGGAGAAUAGCCAGGAUGGGAGUAGAAACCCUUCUCAAAAUGGUCUUUGUUGACAACUUUGUCCACGGGGACCUCCACCCAGGGAACAUUCUGGUCCAGAGUCGGGGGCCCGUUGCUGGUCCCAGUGACGGUACAUCGCAGCUCUUGGGAAAGACCACCCUCACGGACCUGUGGGACACGGUGGUUGUUAGUGUCCGGCCGGAUCCGUUUCCUCUCCAGUUGGUGUUGCUGGACGCCGGUAUCGUAGCCCAGCUCAGCGACCAUGACCUGGCCAACUUCAAGGCUGUCUUCACUGCUGUGGUGCUGCGGCAGGGUGAGCGAGUAGCAGAGCUGAUUUUGAAUCACGCUCGAGCCAAUGAGUGUCAAGAUGUGCCGCAGUUCAAGAAGGAGAUGGCUCAGUUGGUGGACCAUGCCGUCACCAACACUCUCUCUCUGGAAAAGAUCAAAGUGGCCGACUUGCUCUCCAGAGUCUUUGGUCUUCUCAUCAAACACAAGGUGAAGCUGGAGAGUAACUUUGCCUCCAUUGUGUUUGCCAUCAUGGUGCUGGAGGGUCUGGGCCGGUCACUCGAUCCAAACCUGGACAUCUUGGAUUUGGCCAAACCGCUGCUGCUAAAGAACUGUGCUUCACUGCUCUGACACACACACACACGGAAUAACACGUGUACUUGUACGUCCACACACAGGUACAAACCCCUACACUGAAUACAUAUUGUACAGCUAUAGAUUUAGUAUCUGUGUAUAAUGUCGUAGGACUCCAGUGUGGAUCAUAAAAUCAAAGCAGUGAUGAUUCCAUUAAUACCUCAUAACAUCUGUUUUUUUUUGGCCACUUUCCUCACUCUUCAAUUGUAUCAUCUGCUGUCUGGUUGAAGUUUGAACCCACAGAAAUCUACUUGAAGGCACCUCCAUCAGAUCCCAGUGAAUAAGAGAGGGGACACUUUACAGGAGGCGCCACUUGUGGUUUGUUGAGUGCUAAUGGAUGAGUCAGACACGUCGGCAGACACAGAUCACAUCGGAGACAAUUUGUAGUGAUUUAAGAUGUAAAUUGAAAUACUUGGAAAAUCCCUGGUUGAUACACUAAAGCGUAUUUUUAGCUUUUAAUGACUAAUGUUGAUCUCAGGAUGUCUUUUAUCACUCACUGUUUUAUUGUUCCCUAGAUCCCUUUUAAUGAGCCAUAUUUGCUUUAGUGUGAAUCACAAUGUAUUGUUACAUUUUGUUCUGACACACUACAUGGACAUUGUGAAGCUUACCGUCCUCAUCAAAGUAGUGGGAACACUUGUAUGAAUUAUAUAUUUCAAGUAAAAAAGGGAAUCUAUGCUAA